AUGGUGAGCUCUGGAAAAAGCAGUGCUGCACUCAAAGAGGCGGCAGGAGCUCCUAUGUACCGUGCUAGCCAAGCCGUUAAAGAUGCUUUGGUGAUUGCCGUGGGAGAGGUGUUUGCUUCUUUUAAGAGCGCCAACAUAAAGCAAGCAGUCGAAGAUCUAUCCGAGGAGGAGCGGGAUGUGGCACUCAAGUAUGUCUUCCGAUGCAUGGAAUUGCCACAGACCACUAAUUGUGCCACGGUGCUGGGUUUCCAUAAGGCGAUUGUGGAGGCGGGCGGGGAAGGUGCAAUUGUUCGAGUCAUGAUGGACCGACAACGUGUCUGAAUUAACGGGUGCACUUCAGUCCAUGUAUGAAUGAUAAUGAUGCACUUCUGUGAUAAGCAUACUCAUAAAUAAACCUUGCAAAUGAUUUGUAUUAGUGAG